CAGCGGCGCAGUAAUACACUUCAAUCUGCGGCUACUCUCCCAUACAGACACCUUCACCCACAGAGCCUGCGUUUAUUUAUCAACGUUUAAAACACACACAGCUCGCUGCUGUUCAUUUUGAACACACUCAACGGACAAGUUUUGAUUAAAUCACACCUGCAGGAUGGCAGAUCAGCUGACUGAGGAACAGAUUGCUGAGUUCAAGGAGGCAUUUUCACUCUUCGACAAAGAUGGCGAUGGCACAAUUACCACCAAAGAGCUGGGCACAGUGAUGCGUUCUUUGGGUCAGAACCCCACUGAAGCUGAGCUGCAGGACAUGAUCAAUGAAGUAGAUGCUGAUGGCAACGGAACUAUAGACUUCCCAGAGUUCCUAACCAUGAUGGCGAGGAAAAUGAAGGACACGGACAGCGAAGAGGAAAUCCGAGAAGCUUUCAGAGUCUUCGACAAGGAUGGAAACGGCUACAUUAGUGCAGCCGAGCUUCGUCAUGUCAUGACCAACCUGGGUGAGAAGUUGACAGACGAGGAAGUGGAUGAGAUGAUAAGAGAGGCAGAUAUCGAUGGAGAUGGUCAGGUCAACUAUGAAGAGUUUGUCCAGAUGAUGACCGCAAAGUGAAGGAUUGUCUUGUCCUUUGUCUCUUGCAUUGCUUGUCCUACUAAGAUCACUCUGUCUUUAAAAAAGAAAAAAAAAUGUUUACUCCAGAGAGUAGUAGAAUUUCGAAUUCUGUGAUCUCUUACCAAAAAUCUAAUUUUCAGAAGCAAUUUGUGAAACACAAUAGCAGAAGUGAAUGGACCAAGCAUAACUGCAUGAGCCCAUUCAGAGCAAACGUCUCCAGACCUGACAAAAAAAAUCACGGCAGUCUUUAAAAUGCAGAGAACAUCUCCUUUCAUGAGUGUUCUUUCAUCGCAUCAAAAAUAGAUUCAAUAAAAUAUUUAUAUAAUAAUAAUGCUAAAUAAAAAGAAUUGUGGUUAAUAGUCCAGGGCCACAGUGCUGCCUUCAAUACAAACUGAGCAAAAACAACUGCGCGUGACCCUUUGUGGUGAAGUCAUGCUUUUGCGUAUUGCCUUCUCCUGUUUAAGACUCGGAACAAACACUGGAUGUUGUUUAUGAAGACGUACUUAUUGUAAAAACCCCACGUAAUACUCAUACUAUGUAUAACUGAGGUUUAACUGCAGCGUACGACUUGAAGAGUGUGUCUUUAUGGGCGAUAAGGCAUGUACUUGGUUACCAGUGGUUACCGUUGACUGGUUUAACCAUUUUAAUGAUGGUUUUGUCACUCGAUGAUCUUUGUGGGAGCAUUAAGAUGCAAAAUAUGUACAGCAGAAUCGAAAUGUGAUUGAAUAACGUAAACUGUACAAAACAAUAUAGUUCUAUAGAUAAUCAUAAUGCUAUCAGUGUUGUGCUUUACAAAUGCACUGUUCUCAAAUAUUAAUGUCUGGUAAACUUAGCAUUGCCUAUUGUUAUCCUAAUUAGGUCUGUGACUUUUGGUUCAACCAUGGUCUUGAAAUGUGCCAUAAUACUCGUAAGCCUCAACUUUGUUGCAAGAUAUCUUGUAGUCAAAUAACAAGUAUGUUAUCUAUCUUAUCUAUCUAUCUAUAUCUAUCUAUCUAUAAAUAUAUAUACACAUAUAUAUAAAUAUACACACACAUAUCUAUAUUUGCACUUUGGUGUAGAUUACACAUUCAGUCACAGAAGAGGAACCUGCUGCUGCUGCUGCUACAGCCCAUUUGUCUUUGCUCUUGUGGGUUUGUCACGACUUCUGUUGUCAAGUGCUCCAAAUUUCAUUUGCUCUCUGCUUGCAAGACGACUGAUGAAGAUGAAACUGUUGAAUGUGGUUUAUUCUGUGGGAUGAAUUGAAAAUUUAUCGAAGGAAUAGUUCACCCAAAAAUGAAAAUUCUGUCAUCAAUACUGGCCUUCAUUUUGGGUGAGCACACGAUGACCGAAUUUUCCUUUUUGCGUGAACUUUCCCUUUAAAUUAUAUUAUUAGCAAGACUGGUUACUUUGAAGGGCUUGUUAUUGGCCUGAUAAUUGGAUUUUUUUUAUUUAAAUGUAUUACUAAUGUGGAAAGGAGCCUUACAUAGCAUAUCUUACUCUGUUCAGGCCAGUUUUGUGUCUGUCAGGGUUAAAAAAAAAGAAAAAGAGCAACCGGAUGGAGUAUACUCAACAUGUGAAAACUAUGGAAAUGUUAAGGAUGCAUCUGUGUUUUCCAAUCAAAUUAAAUGUAUACAUUUAAGCAUA